CCCUCUCUCUUUCUCUUCCCUCCCUCUCUUUCCUCUGAUCUUAGUUACCAGUAGGACAAAAUGGAGGUCCAAUGUAGUCCUCUUAGCUGGGCUUGCUACUGUCAAGAAGAGGGAAUUGAGGAAUUGAGACAUUCACUUUUGUACACAAGUUUAGAGCUAGAGACAACAAUUGUAUCUGCUCAUGAGGAAAUUGCAAGAAAAGAAGAUGAAUUGAUUCAUCUCAAAGCUCUCUUGACAAAGGCCUCUAGAGAGAGAGAUGCAGCACAGUCAAAAUGCCAAAGGCUAAUGUUGGAGAAUUUGUUACUUCAACAACAACAGCAGCAGCAGCAACAACGGAAAGCCGCCCCUUUUUCCGGGACUACUAGCAGUGAAGAUGAACCAAGAGGCGACUACAACGUCGGAUUCUCCUCCUCGGAUUGCAACAAAAACAAUGUUGCAUUGCCCGUUCUGAACCCAAUGCAUGAAGCUCCCGCUGUUGCGGAGUUUGAUCAAAAGGGUCAGAUAUACGCAGCUCUACCACCGUCAUAUCCAAUACAUGAAGCUCCCGCUAUUACGGAAUUUGAGAAGAGUCAGAUAUAUGCAGCUAUACCACCAUCACAAGUAUUUCUUGAAAAAUUGGUGCCCAAAAGGCCAUUGCCUGAAAAGGGGAAGUUCUUGAAGGCAGUGAUGGAAGCCGGGCCGCUACUUCAAACCCUCCUACUGGCCGGACCGCUUCCUCAGUGGCAUCACCCACCUCCCCAAGUUGACUCCAUUGACAUCCCACCGGUGACUGUGAAUUCUCCGGUGGCUCGGCUUCAACACCAGGAUUCUUGUGCCAGUACUAGUGCUGGUUUCAGCAAGAAGAGGGGUCUGGUGCACUGUGAAGACAUUGAUUCUUCACCCAACACCAAGUAUCAAAAAGUUGCUCACCAAUCACCAUUGACCAAUACCUAGUGCUCCACAUAAUUUGCUACCAAUAUCAAUCCUUUUCAUACUGUCAAACAUGAGAAGGCAAUCAUCAAGAAAUGGAUGGCUUGUAGUCUCUCUCAGAAAUUAAGCUUCCUAACCACUAAAUUAAGGGCUAAAGAGCAUUCAAAAGCCCUUCUUAGAUUUUUUUUUUUUUUCAAUUUUGUUUAUGUUGGAUUAAGACUUGAUCUUUCUGUGUCUUUGGUACAACUAUAAUUUUGAUGUAAAUGUGAUGGAGCUUGGAAAUCCAAAAAUAGUGUGGAAUUUAAUAUGAGUAUGUUAUCUUUGAUUUAAUAUUAAUAUAAUGUAAGUGUAUCUUGGUAGA